AUGCUCAGUGCGGACGGAGCGGAGCCUCAGGGUGCCUCUGGCAGCGACUCCUCCCAGCACAAGAGACAGCCUGGGGCAAAGAAAGGGUUUGGUGAGGGGGACAGGGGUGGACAGUUCAACAUCUCACUAACCUUCAAAGGUUCCGAUUCUGGGUCUCAGGGCGCCGCCACGUGGCGAACUGGGAGCAUAGCUUUCCCAGAAGUCAACCUGGGAGCCCUAGGAAGGACGACGGACCACAGGGACUCCGUGGUCUGGGACGCUUGCGGAUGGCAGCCCCUGCGGAGGCUUCUGUUUCCUGCGACUCUGGAACGUGCCCGAGCCCAGGAGCGGCCGGUGCGGAGGCUGAGGUGCCGCGCUCACCGCCACCUCGUGGUGUUUAGGCAUGCCGGGCGAUCAGAUUUGUCCCGGUGA